AUGUCUCAGCGCUCCUCCUCGCACGUGGACGGGUGGGAGUCCGUCGGCCGUCUCUUAAGGAGCAAGUCCUUGUACCCGCCCGCGGUGGCCAACCCCUUCGUGCAGCGCACGCACAUCAGCGCGUGGCGCUGGGCCUCCAUCCUCCUCCUGGGGACCCUGCUGGUGGCGGUGCGGGUGUCCUGCCUGGCCGUCCUCUUCGUCUUCCUCUGGCCCGUGACCAUGCUGUGCACCAUAGGCCGCUCUGCUCGCCCAGGCAAGCCCGCCAAGAGUUGGAGAAGAAAACUGGUGCAACAACCCCUCAGGUUCUUGUUUCAGACGUGUUUCCUUGCCUCCGGCUUCCUGGUGAAAGUGAAAGGGAAAAAGGCAACCCGAAACGAGGCCCCCCUCUUGGUGACCGCACCGCACUCCACUUUCUUCGACGCCAUCGCCUGUGUGGUGGCGGGGUUGCCCUCCGUGGUCUCUGCGAGUGAAAACGCACGGAUCCCAGUGGCCGGGAAAUUCCUGUUGUCAACGCAGCCGGUGCUUGUGGCUCGAGAGGACCCCAACUCCAGGAAGACUACCCGGGAUGAAAUCCAGAAGCGAGUGACCUCCAAAGGGGCGUGGCCACAGAUCAUGAUUUUCCCAGAGGGAGUGUGUACCAAUCGCUCGUGUCUGAUCACUUUUAGGCUAGGGGCCUUCUCCCCAGGGGUGCCUGUGCAGCCAGUGCUGCUCAGGUACCCGAACAGCCUGGACACGGUGACCUGGACCUGGCAGGGCUUGACAGCCUUCCAGGUGUGUAUGCUGACCCUGAGCCAGCUCUUCACCAGGGUAGAAGUGGAGUUUAUGCCUGUGUACGUCCCGAGUGACCAGGAAAAAAAAGACCCCAUCCUUUUUGCCAAUGCAGUGCGGGUCAACAUGGCCAAUGCUCUGGGGGUGCCCGUGACAGACCACACGUACGAAGACUGCAAACUAAUGAUCAGCGCAGGCAACCUUCAACUACCCAUGGAAGCUGGUUUGGUGGAAUUUACAAAGAUCAGCCGGAAGUUGAAGUUAGAUUGGGAUAGUAUUCAUCAGCAUUUGGAUGAAUAUGCUGCAAUCGCAGUUGCCUCAAAAGGAGGGAAGAUAGGAAUUGAAGAAUUUGCAAGUUUUUUAAAUCUCCCAAUUUCAGAGCCCUUCAGACAACUGUUUGCCCUCUUUGACAGGAAUAACGACGGCAGCAUAGACUUCAGAGAGUACGUGAUAGGGCUGACUGUCCUGUGCAAUCCUGCCAACACGGCCGAGAUUCUGCGAAUAUCCUUUAAGCUUUUUGAUCUUGAUGAGGAUGGCUUCAUAACACAACCGGAGUUGGCUGCUAUACUUCAGGCAGCUUUUGGGGUGCCUGACCUUGAUGUUUCCAGUCUCUUUCAGGGAAUAGCUAGACAGAACUCAGAACACAUUUCAUACAAGGACUUUAUGAAAUUUGCUUUGAAGCACCCAGAAUAUGCCAUUCUAUUUAAUUCAUAUUUAGAACUCCAGGCAGCCUAUAUAUACACAUCACCACAAGAACAAGUUUAA